AUGUCGUUCGCCGACUGCGCGUUUGAUACAAAUUCAAAUACCGAUACAACUGAAACACUAAUCAAAGCAAACAGUGUUGAUACGGAUAGCAAAGAUACAACAACUUCUGGAAAAUGGGAAUAUUUAGAUAUAGGCGAGGUUAUGAAUCAAAUUCUUCAGGAUGAAUGUGGUAUCCUUACCAAAACCAUCGAUAUAAUUGAUAAUUCACCGCUCAAAAAAAUAGCAGAUCAUUUAAAUCAGAGUAACGUAUUUAUCGAUAACGAUCCAGCAAAUCGUCCAACGAAAGGAUUGAUCGUUAUUGGUUCUUUUGGUGUCGGCAAGAGUACAAUUCUGAAUUGGUUGAUUGGUGACAACAGUUGUUUUGCUACUGGUGGUAACGAAUCGGCAGUUACGAAGAAACCUGAGCGCGUAGUUGUUCGUGGACAAAAAUUCGAUUUUAAUAUCAUUGAUAUACCAGGUUUUGAACCCGGUCGAAAUAAUUUUGAAAUAUUACGUUUUAUGAUUAGAUAUAUUUUAUCUAAAUACUUUCCAAUUAACGCAAUCUUAUUGGUUAUACCAGCAACAGAAACUCGUUUCAGUAAAGAUCUACUCGAAGAACUGAGUGUGUAUAAAGAAACGUACACCACACCAAUCAUCUUUGUAAUAAAUAAGACACCAAAAGAUGUUGACAUCAUGGAAGAUAUCGAGGAGCAAUGGAAUGAAAACUUGGGAAGAAUUAAUGAAAAAGUGAAAAUUGAUGGACAGGUCUUCGUUAGUAUGAUAUCUAGAAAACGCCAGUCUAUCCCAGAACAAAUUGGUAAUGAAUUGACAGCAACAAUAAUUGCACACAUGGUGCGGGAUCCAGACGUGGUUAAAUCUGGAAGGAUCAAUAUUGUUGACGAAGACAGUAAGGGACUUUUUCUCGCAGCGUGUAUGAAACGAGCCAGUGUCGCCAUUGCAGCUGGUUGUGCAGCAUCGGCAGCAGUUGGUGCAUCGCCCAUUCCAUUCUCUGACUGGAUAUUAUUAGUACCAAUUGAGAUCGGUAUGCUACUUGCUAUAGUUAGAGCAUUCAGACUAAAGCUAGAACGAAAGGCGGUUCAAUAUAUAUUAUUUUCAUCGGCUACAAGCGGCUUAGGUGGGAAAUUUCUGGGCAAGUUUCUGGCCACUACAGUUAAAAUGAUACCCGGUUUGAAUAUAGCUGCAGCUAUUGUUGAUGCUGGCAUAUCAUCUUUAAUUACACUAUCAGUAGGAUUAGCAUUUAUGCUAGCUUUGAAAAACUUAUACUAUGAAGAACUGAAAUUAGACGACUUGAGUACAGAAGAGCAACAAAAGCUAAUUCAAAAAUAUUUUUAUCAAUACCUAAAAGAACUUCAAACAAGAUCAAAAGAACAGCUAUAUUCACUAUGGGAACGUGAAACAUCAUUAAGCUCAUCUGAUCGAGAAAAACUCAUAGAUAGCACAAAAAAACAAACCGAAACAGCUAUCAAUAACCAGCAAACACAACUACAAAAAAAAUCAAUAGCGAUCGAGAAACUGAAACGAAACAACAUCGAUGUUGAAGAGAUCUGCUGUAUAUGCUUAAUAAAUCCAUCUAACAUGGUUACAGAUCCUUGUGGACAUAUGUGUAUGUGCGAUGCUGAUUAUGAAGAUCAUAUGGCUAGACUAUCUGAUUCAGCGAGAGUUUGUCCAAUAUGUCGUUCGCAAAUAAAAUUAGCAAUUAAGAAGUUCACUCCCAAAACAUAG